CGGCACCGUGGAAACAGCCAUGCUUGUGUUUUUGUUAUUGUUGUUAAACGCUUGCGGCCUCGCUGCGGACGGGUAGCCGUUUUAGGGGGAAAACGGAGCCGCUGGAGCCGCGGAACGGGUUUAUUACACCGGACAGCUGAGGAGAAUCAGCGCGGAGGAGCUGAGAGUGAAUAAGGUGCUGCACAGGUGUGGUGUAUCAGGUCAUGGAGAAGACGUGGAAGGUGGAGUUUCGGAACGUGGGGAGCAGCUACUUCCCUCAGAGCCGAGUGGAGUGCCACUACAGCAUCAGCUCUCAGCACAGCUGGGCCAGCAACGACUGGAUCGGCCUGUUUAAGGUGGGCUGGUCUUCAGUGAAAGACUACCAUACGUUCGUGUGGGCUCUGGCUCCGCCCAGCUACAGAGAGGGGAACGAUGCCCACUGCUGCGUUCACUUCCAAGCCGGUUACCUGCCCGGCGCGAGUGCUGAGCAGUAUCAGUUUGUGUAUGUUGAUGGGAAAGGUGAGGUGUGUUCACAGAGCGCUGCCUUCACCUUCUCUGCUCCUAAACCUCUGGAGGAGCUGGUUACUCUGGAGGAGGGGGAGCCGGGUCAUGAGGAGGGGGAGGACAUGCUGAUGGUCAUCCCCAGAGCUGAGCUUCUGCAGGGUCGACUGCAGGAGUGUCUAAAGGAGAGGGCGGAGCUUCUUCAGGCUCUGGAAGCUGCUGAGAGGAGUCGAGAGGGUGAGCAGGAGAGCGUGAGGAGGAGCAGGGAGGUCUGGGAGAAGCAGCAGGAGGAGCUGGAGAGAGAGAUCUCCGAGCUUCAGGAGGAGCUCAGACACAGCAGAGAGCAGAGGGAGGAGCUGAAGAAGAAGCAGGAGGAGCUGGAGUGUGUGAUUGUGAGUGUAAAGGAGGAGAAUCAGGCUCUGAUGGAGAAGAGAGCUCGUGGAGAGGAGAGAAUCAGUCAGCUGGAGGAGGACAUCAGGCUUCUGACUCAGAGAGGCCUGGAAAGAGAGACGGACCUGGAGAGGAUGAAAGAGAGAGCUAAGAAGGUCGCAGCUCAGAAGAAGGAAGAAGAGAAUGAACGAAAGAACCUUAAGGUAAAGUUGGAGCAGACGGAGAAGGAGCUCCACAGUCUCUCCACAGAGUUCCAGAGUCUGAGAAGCUCUCUGGCUCAGAGAGACACUCACGCCCUGCAGCUCCGAGACACCAUCACCACCCUCACUCACAAACUCAACAACGCCCACAGGAAGGAGGCGGCGAUCGAGGCGGCUCUGGCGGAUCUGCGGGGGGUUCAGGAGCGUCUGGGUGGGAGUGAGCGCUGUGUGGAGACUCUGAGGGGGGAGCUGAGAGACAUGGCGGCUCAGAGAGACGCCGCCCAGGCCGAGCUUCACCAGGCCAGGCUUCAGGCGGCUCAGCUCACCCUGCAGCUCGCCGACUCCAGCCUCGCCCUGCGGGAGGGGCGCGCCAGCUGGGCUCAGGAGAGAGAGAGCCUGCAGCACAGCGCCGAGAUGGACAGGAUGCGCUUGGAAAUGCUGAACGAUGAGAUCCAGCAGAAGGAGGAGCUUCUGCAGGAGGAAAGAAUGGAGAGAGAGAAGGCGGAGGUGGAGCUCGGGCGAGAGAAAGACUGUAAUCGGGUUCAGCUGGGUGAGACUCGGCGGGAGCUGCAGGAGCUGAAGGCGAGUCUCAGAGUGGCUCAGAAGGAAAAAGAGCAGCUGCAGACGGAGAAACAGGAGGUGAUUGAGUAUAUCCGGCAGCUGGAGCAGAGGCUGGAGGCUCUGAGUGAAUCUAAAUGGAGCGCGACGGCGUUGCUGCAGAGCAGUCGUGCAGACAGUCCUCUGUCAGACUCUGAGGAUGAGAAUCCCGAGGCUCUACAGGAAGCUCGAGCCUCCAGAGCUCUGAGUCACUACAGUCUGUGUGAUCAGCCCCAGCCCGACCUCCUCCUCCCGGCCACGCCUCCUCCCUCCCCCCGACACCUCCACACCUCCCACGGGGUCGUCAUCAGCCAGCCAGCGCCGUACUGCUGCCCACCACAGCCCAGCAGCGACUCGCACGCCGCUCACAGCUCCGAGUCGGAGGAGGAGUAUGAAGUGGCUCAUUCAGGUGGGAACAGCUCUGGAGAGGAGACAGCCCUGCUCCUGCCUGACCACACAGAUGCUGCUCUCAGUGAUCUGGUGGAGAGCCCCCUGUGGUGAGGAGUGGAAGUGCAGGAGCUGUUUCGCGUUGCACCAGGAUGAAGCGCGUGACCCUUCUGUGUACAGUAUCACACGCGCCCUCCUCAACAUACUGACAAACUAUCUGAAUAUGCAAAUCGCUUUACACUUUAUAUGCACUUUCUGUAUGCUCAAGCUACUAGCCCAGUCCGUCUCACACACACACACACACACACACACACACACACACACACACACGUCCCUGCACCAGUACCGUACACAUAGCAACAGGAGAGUUCAGAAAUCAUUCAGAGAGUGUGCGAGAGUGUGAAUAUAUGUGUGUGUGUGUGUUUAUGUGUGUAUGUGUGUGUGUGGGGGAGGGGGGGGAUUGGGGGGGGGUGCUAACCAUUGGAUCUGUGUGUUUUCCGCGUGUGUUUAGACGUGAUAAUUUAGUGCCUAGUUUUGAAUUAUGCUUUACAGCUAUUUACCCAAGUACUGAACACACUACAGCAGACUUUAGAGAGUUACUGAGUGUUUAAGAGCAGAACAGCUGCAGGCAUUUUAUAAGCUCAUUAUUUUAGGUUUAAGAGUGUUUUUAAUUUUAUUUUUACUUUUUACUUUUUACCUUAAGAUUAUGGCAUCAUAAUUACUGAAGCGUGUUGCUGCCAAGUAUAAUGAAAAUAAAAAAACAGCAUGUUAUUAUUACAUGAUCAUAUGAUCUUAUAUCAUAAUUCUAACCUAAACCUCUUGUAAUUAUGAGAUAUAAAAUUCGUCAAAUAUGUCAUAAAAAUUGCAUAUGCUGAUUGUGAUAAAAAAAAUUAAGUUAUUAUGAGAUUAUGUCAUAUAAACAACAUGUCAUGAUAAUGACAAUUUUGUGUUUCCUGUAUAAUUUUGAUGCACAUCUUAUUAAUAAGAAUAAAGUAUUUUGUUAUUCUUAAAAAAUACAUCUAACUUAUGAUAAAGAUUUGUCAUAAUGUCAUAUGUUGUAAUUAAUAAUUAUCAACAAUUUUCAAGUUAUUAUGUUUAUAAUUACCAAAUUGCAAUUUAUAUUACAUAAUAUAAUAAAAUAAGAUAUUUAAGAUCCCGUAAUAAUAUUUUUUAAAAUUAUACUUGGCAGCAUUACUUAUCUGUAUGUAAUAUUUUUAUUUUGUAGCUUUAUAAAGUUAUAAAAUAUAAAGUUAACAGCAGCCUAAACGAAUUGCAGGAGUCAGAAAGGAAGUUGCAUGAAUGUAUUAAUGAACGAAUGAAUGGAAGAUGAAGAUGAUGAUGGUAAGAAGGUAAUGAAAGGAUAAUAGAAGGAGGUAAUGAAGAGACUCACGUGGCAGUUUAGAUUCCUGAACUCUAAACGACGUUUUUUUCGCCAUAAUAAUCAGUUUAGGGUGUGAAAUAAAAAAAUGGGUCAAUGACAUGAUGUGCAUUAUAAAAUAAAAGUCCAUUAAUUUCUUUUUUUUUAAUUAUUAGAUAAAUAUGUGUAACGCACACUGAUGAGAAAAGUGAGAUGGAAAGUGGGCGGGGCUGCUUUAUCAUUGAAGCAUAUGGAAAUGGGUGGAGCUACAUACUCCAUUGACAAGGCAUUCACAGGUUCAUAUUUUGCCGACUGCAGGAAUGACGAACCUGCCUGGCUGGAUACUGUCAGUAACUAGUGGGAGGCGGCGCCCCCUUGAGGAGAAUUUUCCUGUAAAAAACAGUUCUUUGCUGCAUUUAAUUCACAACCAGACGAGACGUGUGUCGAUAAGUGAGAUACAGCAGUUGAUUGGUUUGCUUGCCCUGUUGUAACGGGUCUGUUAAGAGAUGCUGCUCUGUUUGCCUAUUGGUUCAGGUGGUGUAAAGCAGGAAUAUCUUAGAAAAUAUAGGUUUAUAAUAAUAAUAAUAAUAAUAAUAAUAAUAAUGUUUGUUUAGACAAUUAAACAAAUUGUUUAAAUUUUUUAUGAAUAUCCCCAUACAAAACUUUUACGUUUUUCAAUACUGAUAAAUAAUUAUAAAUCAUUGUGUGCAGUUUUCAUGUGUAGCUGCAACAUUUUCUCAUUUACAUUUUUUUAACUAAUUUGUACCAAUAAAGCUUUGUAGGUACAGAAUUAAUAGGAAGUAAGAAUAAGAAAAAAAUACUAAUUAUAAAUCUUUAUUUAAAAGCCAUUUUGUCAUUGACCCAUAUUCAAAAAUAUGGUUGUUUUAUUUAUUUCUAAUUAUUUUUUAUUAUUAUUAUCAAUAGGUAUAAUAUAAAACCAAACUUAAUCUUAAUCUUAAACUGAUUUGAAGUGUUAAAACCGCUGAUGAUGGAGAUCCCGUCUCCCGUCAUAUAAAGAAAUGCAUGCACAGGUUGCCAGAGUGUAAUGUACAAAUCUGAAUACGGUAACCUUUUCUUUAAUAUAUAUAUAUAUAUAUAUAUAUAUAUAUAUAUAUAUAUAUUUAUUUUAUUGAAUAAAUACUUGGAAUUCAAGGAAACAUUAAAAUCGGAAUGCCCAGCUGCUCUCACUGAGUGCCUCAAUCAGCAACAAGAAAAGGCAUCUAAUUCGUUUAAAUCAGGUUUUCCUAUUAGUGAUUUGAUGAAAUGCCACGUGGCUGCUGUGCCUCCCUUAUUUUGCCUUUUUUAGCCUUAGAAAACUGAUCUGCCGAGAGUUCGGCUCACUUUCAGAGAGUUAUUUUGGAGAAAUGUUACAGAAUCUGCGAUAAAUUAGGAUUUACUUUUGUUUUCUAGUGUUAAAAAAAGAUUAAUCAUUUUUUAGAUUAUGUGUUUUACUGGCAGAAUAAUAUAAAAUAACAUAUAUAUGACCACCUCAUUGUUUCUACAGCCGUUAUCUGCGUUCAGCUCCAGCUUGCUCUUUCAUUUUGUGGGUUUUAAGCCUUUAAAAGUCACGAAUCUCAAGCUUUUUUAUACACGACAUUUCACAAUCUGCUUUAUCUACUUUUAUUCAUACACUGGUUAUUACAUAUAUUAUUAACUGUUAAUUAAGAGUUUUUGGUUUACUCCUGUACUGUGCUAAACUGAGCAUUUCUGUUACAAUAUGUUGGAUAUUUACCGUAUUUUUCGGACUAUAAGGCGCAUUUUGUAAUUUUAAGUUGAGUAAAGCUAAGUUAUGUAAACAAAACUGUAAUUUAGAAAAAAGUGCUGGAUGUUAAUCUACACAGAUUUAUCUCCUGAAAACUGUUCAUUUUGGUGAGUAAAUCGAUUCUGUUUAUUUACAGUAGGAUUAGAUUUCUAGAUUUCCACUAAGGCUAGCUGCGGUUUGCAGCUAAUGCAAGACUACAGUCCGAUAAUACUCACCAGCAAAAGAGCUGGUGCUUAGUGUGGUUAGAGGCUAAUGCUAAUAAUGCUCCAGCAGUGCUAGCCGGGGUCAGCAGCAGGCUAUAGACCUAUAAUUCUCACCACUGAACGGCGAAAGAGCUAGCACUUAGUGUGGUUAGCGGCUAAUGCUAAUGCUGCUCCAGCAGUGCUAGCCAGGUUUAGCAGCAGUCUACAGGCUGAUAAUACUCACCUCUGAACGGCGAAAGAGCUAGCACUUAGUGUGGUUAGCAGCUAAUGCUAAUACUGCUCCAGCAGUGCUAGCCAGGUUUAGCAGCAGGUUAGAGGCCGAUAAUAAUCACCUCUGAACAGCAAAAGAGCUAGCACUUAGCAUGGUUAGCGGCUAAUGCUAAUGCUGCUCCAGUCUCGGUGCUGAAGAAACUUCAUUAAAAUUGAUGAUUUUUGGUAAAAUAAAAGGAUUUUAGCGCACCUUAUAGUCUGAAAAAUACGUUACACAACUAAGCUGGCCUACAUUCAUACCUGAUAAUAGUGUAGAACAUAAAACACUAAAUUUAAGGUUAUAUUACUUAUAUUAUGUUACAGCAGAAGAUACAGUAGAUGUUUAUACAGAAGUGUGUCUCUACAUUAGAUCAGUGUGUUAAGAGUGUGUGUUAUCGGAUCACUGAACGUGUGUAAGUUGGAUUUUAUGGACAGCAUUAUGAUUAUGAUGAUAAAAGGCACUUUAAAACAUUAAAGCGUUAAAACAUUAAAGCGUAAUGAAAUAUGUGCAUGUGUCAUCUCUCGGUGGAUUUUUACCCUUUUACCAUUGUAAAAUAACCGCUGUUCAGAUAGAUAAUCUGCUGUGCCAUCUCCAAGAAAUCCUAUAAAAUCCCAAUCCUGAGCUUUAACCCUAUCUAGAACUGUAUCUAGAACCUCUGAGAGAGCUGCGGUGGAGCUCCUCGGUUCAGGGCAGCUGUGUUUAUGGCAAUAAGUCCCUCACUCUGUUUCCAGUAAUAUCCUCUUUUGGUUUGUGUUUGCUUUCGUUUUUUUGUGCGAUUAAUCUUAUAUUCACUUAUCCAGUAUGUAUUUUCUAGACUGUGCAGUACUGUACGGGUUCGGGUGGGUUUCAGUAAUAAAAUGUCGUUAAUGUAA